AUGUCUUUUUUUGAAUUUCGAAAACCCAAAAUGAUGAACAUAAGAAAGCGUCUAGGCCUUUUGGAGUCUCAUUUAUCUGAUGAAAACUUGGCUGUUGAAGCAGCUCCAGGAUCAUCUGCUGAAUCAUGGGUUGAACUGGCUCCUAGCAGGAAUAGCCUCUGCUCAUCUAUUGAAGCUACCGCUCUGGACGAGAAACUGGAAAGAGAUUCACGUCUCAGUCCUGUAUCUCUUCACUCACCAGUUGUUGAAUUUGACAGCUUGGAGCAAGUAAAGUACAAGCUAAUUCAAGACAUGCUACCACCUGGUAAGCAUACUGAUUGGAUGUGGGACUGGAGCUCUCACCCUGAAGUUCUUCCACCAAAAUCUCAACGUAAUCGUCAGUACGAUUCUAACCUGACUACGCCACCGAACUCUCCUGAGCCCGACUUCUUUUGCGCAAUCACAAACAAAAAACAUGGCUACAUAUCGUCUUUCCAAUUCGCUGUAGGAAUAAUUGUUUCUAACAUAGUCACUUUCGUUGUCGGAGCGACUGUCGGAUUCAUCGUAUGCAAGAGAUUGACCAGGAACCGCAACUUAUGA